CGGCAGUUCAGACCUCGUGCUCGUCCCCCCUCGCUUGUCUGUGUGUGGUAUCCGCAGGUCCGGGGCACUUUUUGGGGUGUGUGUGUGUGUGUUGGGUGUGUGUGUUUGGGGGUUUGUCGUGGUGCAGAGCGGAGAGCUGAGCCGAGGAGAAGGAGGAAGGCAGCCGCAGAGCUACCGGGUCUCGGGCUGCGUCUCCCCUCCAGCGUUCUCCUGCCUGCGCGCUCCGAGGCGGCUGUGGCGGGGCCAAGCGCUCUUCGUUGGAGACGCGGUGCUUGAGCUGGGAACAGCGAGGACCCCUUAGCGGAGGCUUCUUCCUGUGCCGAUGGAGUUAAGAUGCCAGGUCGGCUGAUUUGCACCCACUGAGCCGGAGUUUCCUUCUCGGCCCUGGGAAGGGCUGGCGGCGGCGGCGGCAGCAGUAGCAGACGGAACAGCAGGCUCUCCACUCCGAGGGGGGGCGUCGGCUCCCGCCCUCACCCUCCGGCGCUCCUGCGGCCCUAGCCGCCACCUCGGAGCCGGCCUUCUUCCUCUUCUCGCCGACAGCCGCCUCUGGGUUUGGACCUGCACUCCACGGAUGCUGGGGCUGCCCCGGCGCGCCCCCCUCCCACCUCAGUGAUUGGAGGGGGCCCGCGCUCGCCCCAGGAGGGGGCCCUGUCCUCGGGACCCCGCGCCGGACCCGCCGGGGAGGAGACAAUGUCUGCGCAGCCCCAGGUUCUGACGCGCUCCACGCUGCCUGGGGAAGGCGGCCGGCCACAGCCCGCAGAGCCCUAGGCUCACAAAGCCCGCGCCCGCCGCCGACCUCGGCGCCCACCGACGACUUUGCCGCUCGCUCCGCGGCUCUUUGUCUCCGUUUGGGGUGGGCGCCCGACUCUGGGAUUUUGCUGUGAGAGCGGGCUGGGGGGGCCGGGGGCGAGCUCUCGGUUUGCCGGCCGCCCCUCGCUCGGGCUUGGCUCCCCCCUCCCCCGCACCUCUCCAGCCCGGGCUCUCCGCGCUUCCACGCUCUUGGAAUCACGACCCCUCCCUGCCAUGUAUCCGCAAGGCAGACAUCCGGUGAGUAAUUGCAACUCGGUUUAUUUAAGCAUCUAUCAUAGCAAGGUAAACGAGGCAGUUUAUCUGGCACCUCCAUUUUGCUUGUUGCUACCUUUCUGGGGUGUGUGUGUGUGUGUGUGUGUGUGUGCGCGCGCGCGCGCUCACACAAAGGGGAUGGGGGGGCGCUGUUGAGAGGAAGCUCAUUCCGCCAGAGUGUCAUGGGGGGCUGCCUGUGUUCCCAGAGGCCUGUUUGUUUUCAUGCUGUUCUCUGCUCCCUCGCUUAAGUCUCCUAACUCAACCGCGUGUCUCUCCCGCCCCCAUCUUACUUGGGAAUGGGGGACCCCUUCGUUAAAGGGAUGGGAGUCUUGCAGCCAAUCGGAAGGGAUUGGGGUGCACCCCUUCCUACCCCAUCUGGGAGCUGAGAAACUUGCUGGGAAGACACUGGUCUGCUAGGGUGGCCACUCUGUUGGGGUGGGGGACGGAGGGAACGCCAUCGAGGGGCGCGGGCCGCUGGGAACCCCAUCUGACGCCCCCCUCCCCCCUCAUGUCUUGUCUUCGCGGGCUCCAGGCUCCCCAUCAACCCGGGCAGCCGGGAUUUAAAUUCACGGUGGCUGAGUCUUGUGACAGGAUCAAAGACGAAUUCCAGUUUCUGCAAGCUCAAUAUCACAGCCUCAAAGUGGAGUACGACAAGCUGGCGAACGAGAAGACGGAGAUGCAACGCCAUUACGUGAUGUACUAUGAGAUGUCCUAUGGCUUGAACAUUGAAAUGCACAAGCAGACAGAGAUUGCGAAGAGACUGAACACAAUUUUAGCACAGAUCAUGCCUUUCCUAUCACAAGAGCACCAGCAGCAGGUGGCGCAGGCUGUGGAACGUGCCAAGCAGGUCACCAUGACGGAGCUGAAUGCCAUCAUCGGGCAACAGCAGCUCCAGGCGCAGCACCUCUCCCAUGCCACACACGGCCCCCCGGUCCAGUUGCCACCCCACCCAUCAGGCCUCCAGCCUCCAGGGAUCCCCCCGGUGACAGGGAGCAGCUCGGGGCUGCUGGCACUUGGAGCCCUGGGCAGCCAGGCCCACAUGACGGUGAAGGACGAGAAGAACCACCACGAGCUGGACCACAGAGAGAGAGAGUCCAGUGCGAAUAACUCGGUGUCGCCGUCAGAAAGCCUGCGGGCCAGUGAGAAGCACCGGGGCUCUGCAGACUACAGCAUGGAAGCCAAGAAGCGGAAGGCUGAGGAAAAGGACAGCCUGAGCCGAUACGACAGCGAUGGGGACAAGAGUGACGAUCUAGUGGUGGAUGUUUCCAACGAGGACCCAGCAACACCCCGGGUCAGCCCGGCACACUCCCCUCCUGAAAACGGGCUGGACAAAGCCCGUGGCCUGAAAAAGGACGCCCCCACCAGCCCCGCCUCGGUGGCCUCCUCCAGCAGCACACCUUCCUCCAAGACCAAAGACCUUGGUCAUAACGACAAAUCCUCCACCCCUGGGCUCAAGUCCAACACACCAACCCCGAGGAAUGAUGCCCCGACUCCAGGCACCAGCACCACCCCAGGGCUCCGGUCGAUGCCAGGCAAACCUCCAGGCAUGGACCCGAUAGGUAUAAUGGCUUCAGCCCUGCGCACGCCCAUCUCCAUCACCAGCUCCUACGCAGCGCCCUUUGCCAUGAUGAGCCACCACGAGAUGAACGGCUCCCUCACCAGCCCCAGUGCCUACGCCGGCCUCCACAACAUCCCGCCCCAGAUGAGCGCGGCCGCCGCCGCCGCCGCCGCCGCCUAUGGCCGAUCGCCAAUGGUUGGUUUUGACCCUCACCCGCCCAUGCGGGCCACAGGCCUGCCUUCAAGCCUCACCUCCAUCCCUGGUGGAAAACCAGCCUACUCUUUCCACGUGAGCGCUGAUGGGCAGAUGCAGCCUGUGCCCUUCCCCCACGACGCCCUGGCAGGCCCCGGCAUCCCCAGGCACGCCCGGCAGAUCAACACACUCAGCCACGGGGAGGUGGUGUGUGCCGUGACCAUCAGCAACCCCACACGGCACGUCUACACAGGGGGCAAGGGCUGUGUGAAGAUCUGGGACAUCAGCCAGCCAGGCAGCAAGAGCCCCAUCUCCCAGCUCGACUGCUUGAACAGGGACAACUACAUCCGCUCCUGCAAGCUGCUCCCUGAUGGACGCACGCUCAUCGUGGGUGGUGAGGCCAGCACGCUCACCAUCUGGGACCUGGCCUCACCCACACCCCGCAUCAAGGCUGAGCUGACAUCCUCCGCCCCCGCCUGCUAUGCUCUGGCCAUCAGUCCCGAUGCCAAAGUCUGCUUUUCCUGCUGCAGUGAUGGGAACAUUGCCGUGUGGGACCUGCACAACCAGACGCUCGUCAGGCAGUUCCAGGGCCACACAGAUGGGGCCAGCUGCAUAGACAUCUCCCACGACGGCACUAAGCUGUGGACGGGGGGCCUGGACAACACCGUGCGCUCCUGGGACCUGCGGGAGGGCCGGCAGCUGCAGCAGCAUGACUUCACCUCCCAGAUCUUCUCCCUGGGCUACUGCCCCACCGGGGAGUGGCUGGCCGUGGGCAUGGAGAGCAGCAACGUGGAGGUGCUGCACCACACCAAGCCGGACAAGUACCAGCUGCACCUGCACGAGAGCUGCGUGCUCUCCCUCAAGUUCGCCUACUGUGGCAAGUGGUUCGUGAGCACUGGGAAAGACAACCUCCUCAACGCCUGGAGGACCCCGUAUGGAGCCAGCAUAUUCCAGUCUAAGGAAUCCUCGUCUGUCUUGAGUUGUGACAUUUCGGCGGAUGACAAAUAUAUUGUAACAGGCUCUGGUGACAAGAAGGCCACGGUUUAUGAGGUCAUCUACUAAACAAGGACUCUAACAGGGCUGUCAAACUCUGGGAGAAACAGACUCAACUGUGACAGGGAGAUCCUGCGCGGGCCCCGGACGGUGAGGCCGGGGGCAGCCAGGGUCCCGAGCUGUGUGUGGUCGGCCGGGAGUGCGCCGGCACAUCCCAGCCCGGCCCGCACUGAUGUCUCAGCCUCCGAUGGAUUUCCCUCCUCUUCCCCUCACCGUCCUGGCAGAUGCUACUAAAAGAUUUAUUUGGAGGCUCAUGGCUCCGGCUCCCCACAGAAUCUGUCUUUCCUUCCCCUUUCUUUUGACCUGUCCCCUGCCCUGGGUCGGGGACACUGGAGUGGACCACAUAUCUGUGCCAGGGAGGGGAUCUUACUUUCCUGCUUGUGCAGCGCACAAGGUUUGUGAAAAAUGUAAAUAACAGACUGCGAUGGGACUGGUCAGUGGGGGAGGAGGCUCCUUCUCACCAGAAACGCUAGCCGUGUAUUUCGCCUGCUGUAUUCGUAAUCCACUCAUGGUGGUAUUGUUUUGAUUUUUGUUGUUGUUUUUCUGUUUUUUGUUUUUUUUUUAAACAGAGGUUCCCGCCUGGGUAGGGGCGUCCGAGGGGGCGGGAUGGGGAGAGAGAUCCUGGAGGCAGGGGGCUGCCGCUGGGAACCAGACCGACUGGCAGCUGCCCUUGGAAGGACGUGGG